GAUGAUGUCAACAGCUUAUGCUUAAUAGUGACAGGACCGCAGUAAGUGGGUUUCUCGCCAUUCAAGAAGACGGUGCCUGCGGUCUUUGCCCCUCAACUGUUCUCCUCCAUGGCUAUCGAUUUAUCACCUCCCCCCGACUAUCAGAAGGUCCCAAAGCAACCUGACGCUGACGCUCUCGAGUCUCAGCCUAGCCAAGUGCCCUACACUGAUGUCCCAGGUCGACCAGCGUGGGUCUUCCCAGCAGGAAUUGUUCCCUACGCCCAGCCCCCGAGGCGCUCGGCCAAAGCUAGAUUCUGCAAGGCCCUGGGUGUAGCGUUUGUUGUGUACCUGCUCUGCGUUGGUACCUACCACCUUAUCUUCGGGGUACACUCUUUCCACGGUGGGUUGUUCCACGGACAUGAAGCUGCUCGUCCCCGGCCUUCCGACGGCGAAGUGCACAACUGUCUUACUGCUGCGAGCGCUUGGGAGCACGACGAGCGCUGGCCUACUUCUCCCCGCAACGCCCACUACACGUUCCAGAUCCCCGUGGCCGACGCUGAGGCCCUCUACGUCUUCAGUCGCGGCUCCAAGCAGUACGGUUGGGUCAAGGUCAUCCCCUCAGAUAGCUUCGUGGAUUAUGCAGAGGUCACCGUUCAGGCCUCAUACCGCGACGACAGCCUUCUUGACAACUCGAGUGUCUGUUACUUGGAGCGGACGAAGGGUGAACGUGGACUUGGUAUAAUGACUCCUGACGGCUGGUUCCACCACCCGCACGAAUCAGUGAGAUUCGACGUAACGGUCGUACUCCCCGUGGGUGACGUCAAGAAAUUCGAGACGCAUAUGUCCAACUACGCGCUCACCAUUGAGGAUCUCGGCAACUCCACUGCGUUCGACGAACUCUCCCUCAGGACCUCCAACUCGGGCAUUGAUGUGAAGUCGGUCAAGGCUAAUCAAGCGUCCUUUAGAUCGUCUAACGGGCCGAUCGACGGAACCUUCUACGCCCGUAGGAAAUUGGUCUUGCACACCUCGAAUGCUGCGAUUCGUGUUCAAGCCAACCUCAUCAAUGACGACGAUGAUUUCAUCACGGAGUUCCAGGCAAGGACGAGCAAUGGACCUAUUCAUGGCGAAUUAAACCUUGCGAGAUCUGACGAUGAGCUGGGUACUGGCGGAUCGUUCGAUGUUGAUGCGCAUACAUCCAACCACGACCUUAAUCUCAACUUCCACUCGUCCCCGGUUGACUCUAGUCUCGAUGUCAAGGCCCGUACGUCCAAUGGACCUGCGUCUGUCACCUUACAUUCCGCAUUCGAGGGCAAGUACCAUGCGGACACUUCAAACGCCCGUGCAGAGCUCGUCAGGACAGAAGUAGAAGAUCCUUCCGGCAACGGAAGGUCAAGAGUGAUUGAUGAGAGCCUCGCGCAGGGCACCUUUAGGCGCAACGCCAUUGAAGGCGUCAUUUUCUGGGAUGACGAAGACAACAGCGACAAGGCUGACAAGGGAAGCGUCAAGCUUAGCUCUUCGAACAAGCCCGUUACCCUGAUUAUCUGAUACUCCGAUUAAACAUUUCCUGUAGGCUUCUGUACUAUGAAUUUACCAGUCACGCAAUCUCGUGUGCUUUCGAUUCUUUCCCUGUCCGUGGAUAUAUUUCCUUUGA